AUGAGUUAUUGUUGGAAGAGAAAGCAAUGGUUGGUUUUGCGUGGUGUUGUGAUGUUGGGUGCUACAAUAUGGAUGGUGGAAGGAGAGCCACAAGUGCCAUGCAUCUUCAUAUUUGGUGACUCCUUAUCAGACAACGGAAACAACCAUGCUCUUCCCACCUCCGCCAAAGCUAACUACUUCCCGUACGGCAUCGACUUCCCCGGCGGCAAGCCCACCGGAAGAUUCACCAACGGCCUCAAUUCUGUUGAUUUCAUCACUCAAUUUCUGGGAUUCGACAAGCUGAUCCCUCCCUUCGCAAACACCGCCGCCGACAUAUCCAAAGGAGUCAACUACGCCUCCGGUGCCGCCGGAAUUCGCAACGAGACCGGCAAGCAUCUCGGAUCUGAUAUAAACUUGGGGUUACAACUAACAAAUCACAGAACAACAGUAUCUCAGAUCAGUGCUGGACUGAAUAAGAGCUCAGAGAAAGUAGAGCAGCUACUCAACAAGUGCUUGUAUUAUGUGAAUAUAGGAUCCAAUGAUUACUUAAACAACUACUUCUUGCCCCAAUAUUACCCUACCAGCACCUCCUUCACUCUUGAUCACUAUGCCUCUGAUCUUAUCCGACAAUAUUCUCACAUCAUCCGAAGUCUAUAUGAUAUUGGAGGGAGGAAGUUUGUGUUGGUGGGGAUGGGGUAUAUAGGUAGCACCCCAAGGGCACUUACAACACUUGAAACAAAUAGUAGUGUUGAUGACAUUAAUAAAGCGGCUUUCAUCUUUAACUCAAACCUCAAAUCUCAAGUUGAUCGCUUCAAUAAGGCUCUCCCAAAUGCCUCUUUCAUCUUCAUCAACAGUACUGUUUCCAAAGUUGAUCCUUCACUUGGUUUCAAAGUUUUGGAUUCUGGGUGUUGCCAAGUAGGGGAAAACGGGCAGUGCGUUGCUAAUGCAAGGCCAUUUGAAAACAGAAAAGAUUUUGUGUUCUUUGAUUCAUUUCAUCCCACUGAAGCUGUCAACUUACUCAUUGCAAUUUCUUCAUAUAAUGCUUCAAUUCCUGGUUUCACUUAUCCAAUGAAUAUUUCCCAGCUUGUUCGUUCUUAAAUCUACCAUUUCUCUCUCUCUCUCUCUCUGUAUAUACCAAUGUCCAGCUGAUAUAUGAUGCAAUGUUUCAUCCUUGUAAAUUUUGUAAUAAACUGUUUUAGAACCCCAUGCACUAGCUAGCUAGGUAACUCCC